AUGGGUGCACCUGAAAUCAUUAUCAGGGUAUCUUUUGUGGCUAUACUCAUCAAAUUGGCCUUGGCUACAAAUUACAAUGUUGGAGGACCAAAUGGUGGGUGGGACACAAACUCAAACCUUCAAUCAUGGGCAUCAUCCCAAAAAUUUUCAGUUGGAGACAGUCUCACUUUCCAGUACCCGCCAAACCAUAAUGUGGUUGAAGUUUCAAAGGCAGACUACGACUCCUGCAAGCCAACUAAUCCAAUUCAGUCUUACAAUGAUGGCACCACAACCAUCCCCCUCACUUCACCUGGAAAAAGAUACUUCAUCUGUGGGACAAUAGGACAUUGCAGCCAAGGAAUGAAGCUUGAAAUAGACACUCUUGCCAGUGCAACAUCUUCUGCCACACCAGCAGCAUCUCCUUCACCUGCAGGCUCACCAGUUAUUCCAUUUAUUCCCUCUACAGCUCCAGAAGACUCUCCUACUUCACCUGCAGAACCUCCUGAAGAUAUUCCCACAGCACCAACUCCAUUGUUUGAAACACAUAUUGAAAGUCCUACAUUCUCUCCAAUUAUUCCUUCCACUGAAUUUCCAGCUGCUGAUUCACCUCUUGCGCAACAACAUUCACAAGACUUGUCAGAUUCAUCAACCAGGAAAGGAAAUAUACAAGCCUCAGUUGCUGCAGUGUUUACCUUUCUAAUUAUGUUUAUGGCCUACUAA